CCGCCUUUCAUUGUAUCUACAUAUAUAUGUUGUGUGAGAAUUUCAUAUAGGGCUGCUGACUUUAGAUGUGUGUACAGUGAGGGUUUCAUUUGAAAUUUUCGUUUUAGAGAUAAUUUAAGAGCGUUGACUGAUUAAAUCGGUCGUUUAAGUCGCAGAUCUACAUAAUCGUUAAUAGUCCAUUGAAAUGAGCCGCCCACAGGAUCCACACAGGCCUUCUUUUCCAUUUGGAAAUCCUUUUCGGAUGAUAAUGCCCAAGGGCUCAUAUCUUUCUCCAAAGCUUACUGAACUGUUGAACUCUUUCGAGGAGUCACUAGCUCAGCGGCUUAGAAAGCUUAUGCCUGCGGACAGGGAAGAAAUAUUAAGCCUGUUGUGGAUGAAAUGUGCUGUGGAGUCUCUUUCUGCUAUUCAUACGGACAUAAAGACCCUUAUCACUGGACUUGAACUCCCUGUCAGUGAUUGGGAUGAGAAAUGGAUUGAUGUAUAUUUGGAUAAUAGUGUGAAGUUGCUGGAUAUCUGCAUCGCUUUCAGCUCUGAACUUUCAAGGCUCAACCAAGGCCACCUAUUUCUGCAAUGUGCCUUGCACAACUUGGAUUGUGCUUCCUCAAAGCAAUUUGUGCGUGCUUGUUCAUCGCUGGAUGGUUGGAGGCAUCACAUUGGUUCAAAGAACCCCAGGAUGGAGAACUGUUUUUCCAUAUUGGACAAUCUUAUCAAGACACUUAACCUUCCUAAGAUUAAGAAUUCUUCCAAAGGGAAGGUACUGAUGCGAGCUAUGUAUGGAGUAAAGGUUGUCACUGUCUUUGUUUGCAAUGUGUUUGCUGCUGCCUUCUCGGGUUCUGCAGAGAAGUUGUUAGAUUUACAGGUUGAGGAGACUCGUUUGUGGGCAGAAGCUUUUGCAGGCCUGCAGGGCUUUGUCAACGGGGAGAUAAGAAGUAUAUACUCCAGUGGGAAGGCCACAGUUUUGAAAGAACUUGAAGCAGUUGAUGCAAAUGUAAAGAAGUUAUACCCCAUUGUACAGGAGGGGGUGGGUGAAGAGGCCGAAGCAUACAAGAAUUCAGUCUCUGAUCUAGGGAAAAGGGCUGAAAAACUUUCACAAGGACUAGAUCUACUUGCAAAGGAAGUGGAUGGUUUUUUCCAAAUUGUUCUCAGUGGGCGUGACGCUUUGCUUUGUAACCUUAGAGUUGGUACUAACGUUACUGACCAAUUACAAGAGAAAAAAAAUGUAGAGGUGAGGUGAACCUGAUGAUGGUCACUUCUCUCGUGUAAGCACCGUUGUAGUGAUGGGGUUGGCUGACGAUGUUUGCAGUAUUACUACAUUAUACGAGUGCGUACAUAGUGUUGAAAGGUGUGCGUUGUGUGCUACUGUGGUUAUGCGUGAAGCAUGUUUGAACUUCUGUGUAAUAGCAGCACUAUAUUGUAACUGUAUGUUUGCGCAUACGUGUUUUCAGAGCUCGGUCUUCUCCUGCUGUUUCUA